AUGGCGAAACGGGAGAAUUCAAUGUCAGGGUCUUCUGGCAACGAUGCAGGCGCGAGACUGAGUCUAUUGAAAAGUGCAUUGUUGUCUACUACCGGCGGAUCCACAAGUGAGCAGUCAUCAGGCAUUACAGGAACAAGUUUUACGCCUCUGCCGACGAUGUCGUCUCCUGAAGAUAUGCAGCACUCAGGUGGUAUUACAUUUCAGGGACAGAGCCCUGCAGAUCAAGGCGCUUCUGGCGUAAUCACAGGCGAAAGCGAACGUGUAUUGAAAGGUGAAAGUUCUAAUAGUUCUAGCUCGGGAGAUAUUAUGGCUGCGAGUACAAACUCCAGUACUACUUCUAGUGGAAAUCAGUCGUUGGAAGGAGGGAUGCCGAAAAAAUAUUUCUGUAAGGUAUGUGAUCAAGGUUUCACGCGUAAGCACAACAUGGCAAGUCAUGAAUUGAUACACUCUUCUUCGAAACCGCAUGUUUGCCGAAUGUGUGAUUCGAGAUUCAGACGCAUACAUGAUUUGAAACGUCAUGAAAAACUACAUACUGGAGAAAAGCCAUUCCAUUGCACUAAAUGUACGAGAAAGUUUGCAAGACCUGAUGCCCUUAUAAGACACCAGAACUCACCAAAUGCUUGUUCAGGAAAUGCCCACUCCAUAAAUCGGACUGGCGGAACGUAUUUUUCGCAUAUUGUGCCUACUGGUAGUGGUUCAGUAUCAGCAAUGUCUUCGCCAACAACGAAUACAGAUUCUAGGAACCGAGAUUCAGAUUUAAAUAGGUGGAAAAUACUUCAAAAUGAUACUCAAAGUUCGCCACCAUAUCAAGCAUAUCCACAUACACAUCCGCCAAAUAAUGAGGUCAAGGCGCCCACAAUGAUUACAGCGAAUACUAGAUCCAUGUCCGAUAAUGAGCUGCAAGCGCAGCAGCUCAAUGAAUACUAUCAUUCAGAAAGUCGAGAGCCUUACCUAUCUUUACAGAACCAAUAUUCACCACCGCAUGCGAGCCCUCCGUAUUUACUGUACAUACCGCAUGUAUCAAGUACUCAUCCUCCCCAACUGAUCAACGCACCUAUGCUUCCUAAUAAUCAAGCGAAUCAACCUCCUGGUCCACAACGUGCUACAAUUCCUACAGGUUAUGUCACCAUUUCAAAAUAUCAAGAUCUAGUGGCCUACACAAAUAAAUUACAGGAAAGAUUAGCCAAGAUGGAAUCUAGACUCAAAUAUUUGGAAGACAAUUCUACUAACUGGCAGAAGGAAGAUGAGGUUUCCGACGAUCCGAAGAGGGCCUAA